AUGGGUACGGAAAGACUGGGUCCCACGAUCGAUCUGACCAUCGAUCUCACGACUGAUGUCACGAUCGAUUGUACCAUCGAUCUAGCUACUGGAUUCAUCAUCGAAGGAGCUAUAGGUCGCCCUAGCGACCCCCACUAUCGGCGGCGGCGAGCUCGAGGAGGUGAUGUGGACAGCACCUCGGCGCCGAGGAGGGCCAGGGACAUGCCCGCGCAGGCUUCCGGCCCAGCCGCUGGCGCGCUCGACGCCGGUUGCGAGGACGCUUCGGAGGGCAGCCUGUGCCACCACUCGGUCACGUGGCUGCGCGAGUCCGGGUUCGCGAGGCACCCGGAGUGGUACCCUGGCCUGUCCAGCGAUACCAGCUUCGAGGACGUCCAGAUGAUCCUGCACUCCCUCGGGAAGGCCGAGUGCAAGAAGCCCUGCGAGCAUGCGCCAGCGACCUACGCAGCGAAGCAGGACGACACCGACUUGCUCGAGGUCGAGUCAACAAAUGGCCGGGAGAUAAGCGGCGAGGAGGUCGUGCUUGCUCCGCCCCAGAGCUGUGGCAACACGACCACGGGUGAUUGGCGCUCCAUCUCCAUCCAGUGGCUGAGGGACUCCGAGUUCGGGGGGUACCAGGAUUGUUACCCCGGCCUCAGCCACGAGUCCACCGACAGGGAGAUCCAGGCCGAGCUCCACAGGCAGGGCAAGGUCGGCUGCCCCGAGCCCUGCCAAGAGUGGAGGCCCGACAUGACGACGAUAACGUCGACGGCGGCACCCUCUUGCACUGACGCGGAAGAGGGCUCGGCUUGCUUCGACGCGGUGAUGGCUGAGAUUGGAGGAAUCGAUAUCAAGGUGGCGCUUGAUGAAUUGGCCUCUACCUUCAGGGAGGUGCAGGAACGUCUUCAUCACAGCAUCAAGGCGGGCUGCACCAGACCAUGCGCUGCGUUGCAUUCGCAAAAGGUGAUUGACCAACGCGGCUACAUGAAGAAGCCAGUGGAAGAUAUGACUAUGAAUGUGAUGAAACCUAUUUCGACGGCGAUUGGGACGGCAUGGUCCCCGCGUCCACCUCGCGCUUCGCGAUCCCGACCCAGGACACAGCGGAGGCCUCGACAACGGAGGCCGUGUUGUCUGACGAUGCCGCUGCGGAGAACGAAUCCGAGGAGGCCUUGA